AGAGAAAGAGAGAGAGAGGUGGUGGGGGAGCUUUUUGCAGAUCUCAACACUAUUGGAUGUCUGUGUGUGUUUUCCCUCCCGUUCAUAGUGCCGCACCCUGAACCUCCCACAUCUACAUCCUCACUCUGCACGGCACAGAAAGAUAUUUUGUAUUUUACUUAAUUUCCGGCAGCAGCUGGAGCGCAGGAAGGACGACGCUUCGCCACCUUCCCGGACAGGUUUGGAGCCAGAGAUGGGAGAGGAUCCGCGGCUAUGACACGGACACACCGGGCGGGAAGGAUGGCUCUCACCAGCCGGGAGAUGUUAAGCUUGAUCGGAAGCGCCUGCCUCUGGCUGCCGCUGUUUGCGGAGAUGGUGGCUCAGGACAGCUACCUCAACGAGGUGCAGAACUCAGUGCCUCUGUCUUGCUCUGAGGGAUUCACCGAGUUGGGAUACUACAACGGCACCGUGUCCCAGACGGAUUCUGGUGCCCCGUGUCUGAAGUGGACUGAGUUUCCAGACUAUGUCAUGCAGUAUCCGGGCCGCGGCCUGGGCGACCACAGCUACUGCAGGAACCCGGACCGAGAGUCCAACCCCUGGUGCUUCUUCAGGCAGAACUCAGGCGCUAUCGGCUGGGCUUACUGCGACUGCCACCAAGGGGCGGUUCGUCUGGUUGGCAGCGCGUCCUCCGACAGCGGGCGGGUUGAAGUUUACCUGAAUGGCCAGUGGGGGGCGGUGUGCAACUCCCACUGGACAGACAGAGACGCGACUGUUAUCUGCCGGCAGCUGGGUCUGAGUGAUAUUGGUACUGCGCUCCAGCUCUCCCAGUUUGGCUCAGGCUCUGGCCUCUUCCAUUAUGAGCGUCUGGGCUGCCGUGGAGACGAGGAUGCUCUGAGUAAAUGCCGAAGCAGGACGUUUGUCACCGGUGACUGCAGCCAUGGAAACGAGGCGGCUGUGGUGUGUGCGCCACCUGAAGGUAGCGGCCCUCCGCUGCGUUUGGUGGGAAGCGAGGAAGACUUCGAAGGUCGUGUGGAGGUUUUCCACGCGGGCCGGUGGGGCUCCGUCUGUGACGACCAGUGGGACGACAGAGACGCCGAGGUGGUGUGCAGACAGCUCGGUUACGGUGGUGUGGCGAAGGCCUGGUCGUGGGCUCACUUUGGCCAGGGAUCAGGCCCCAUCCUGCUGGAUGCUGUGAAGUGCACCGGAAACGAGCUGUUCCUGGAUCAGUGCCCCCACAGCGACUGGGAGCAGCACAACUGUGACCACAUGGAGGACGCUGGGGUCUCCUGCAGCCCUUAUACAGAUGGCGUGGUGCGUCUGGUUGGAGGCGACACUCCCUGGGAGGGUCGGGUGGAGGUGUUUCACAAUGGCGACUGGGGGACAGUGUGUGACGACCACUGGAGCCAGGAGCAUGCAGAGGUGGUUUGCAGACAGCUGGGAUACAGGGGUCAUACUGAGGCCGUAGUGGAUGGGAUGUUCGGGGAGGGCGUCGGUCUGAUCCUCCUGGACGACGUCCACUGCGAAGGAUCUGAGACUUCCCUGCUGGACUGUCGCCAUGGGAUCUGGGGACGGACGGACUGCUCCCACAGCGAGGACGUUGGCGUUCGCUGCAGAGGAAGAUCCAGCCAGGAAACCAACGAAGUGCCGGUCAUCGCACCUUCAACAGGACCCCUGGUGCGGCUUGUGGGCGGCAGCAGCAGGAAGGAAGGUCGAGUCGAGGUGUAUCUCCAUGGAGACUGGGGAAGUAUUUGCGACUCGGGUUGGAACGACCUCAACGCCGCCGUGGUGUGCAGACAGCUUGGACACAGUGGUGGGGCAGUAGCAGCUAGAGGUUUCGGUCAGGGGAAAGGGCCCAUCUAUCUGGACCAGGUGAGGUGCACUGGGAAGGAGGAGUUCCUGGGCGAGUGCCCUUCACUCGGCCUGAACGUCCAGGGCUGCAGACGCAGGGAGGAUGCAGGGGUGAAGUGUGACGUCGAGCUGCGGAGGUCGGCUGCGAAGACCAAACCUCGGGACGAGAGCUGCGGGAUGAGGAAGCUGGUGGAGGACGAGGGGAAGACAGGAAGUCAAGGAGAGAGCAGCACGCUCAGGACGACGUGGCCCUGGCAGGUGUCGGUGUGGCUUCACUCUCGAGAAGGAUCUGGUGGUCCUCUCUGCAGUGGGACUCUGAUCAGCCCCUGCUGGGCGCUCACGUCUGCUUCCUGCCUCAGCAGGUUCGGCAGCGACCCGUCCAGUUACGUGGUUCGUGUCGGGGCGUCGGAGCAGACUCUCAAACCGGAGCAGGUCGUGGUUCACAGGAAGUUCAAAGGUCAGAGUGGAGGCCACGACCUAGCGAUGCUGAGGCUGCCCAGCGCUAAGGGCCACUGUGUGACGUUUGAAGCAAACACAAACGCAGCCUGUCUACCUGCUGCCGACUCUGCCACAGGGGCAAAAACUGGAUCAUGUGUUGUCAUGGUUACCACAAGCUGGACUGGACCGGACUCAGUCGUCGCUUCCUGGGUCGCUCUGAUGUCGUCAUGGCAAUGCAAGAAGCGCUUCGGUAACAGUUUCUCCAGUCACGGCACGCUGUGCGCCGGCAGUCCGCCAGACACCAGCCUCCUUUACGGCGACGGUUGCCAGGGCAACUCCGGUGGCGGGCUGUUGUGCCAGGAGGAAUCAGGCCGAUGGGUCGUGACUGGGGUCGUCGCAGGGGGCUACGGCUGCUCCGAUCCGUCCUCUCCGGCGCUGUACACCCGAGUGAGCCGCUUCAGGAGCUGGAUCGACGAGGUCAUCGACACGCACGGGCAUCUGGAGGAAACGCACGCGCCCGCAGCGACGCGAAACGAGCCCACGCGCACCGAUGAUGACAUUUCACACGAUGAACACUUCGACCCGCACCAAGAGCUCAAACACACACACACUCAUCAGCAGCCCAGCUUCAAGAACACACACAUGUUCCACACAGAGGAUGCAGACAAAAACAAACAGAUGGAGGUCUGAUUGAGGCCGUGCCAUUGGCUACCACCUGUGCCACGUGACCACCCGGAGGGAGGAAGUAGCUUAGCAUUGAAGCAUUUUUACUAAGAGUUGAGGCAGAAAUUGGUGUGAAGUUUGGGAUGAUCCAGAUUAACAGCAUGAUAAUUAUCAGGGACAAAUCUGAACAGCAUGACAAAAACUAUUGGAGGGAUUUACUGAACAUGGUCACAGAUUAAUCUAUGCUAAUCUAACUUAUUUAUUUGUCCUCUGUGUGAGUUAUUAGGAAAAUAGCGAAACUAAAUCAGAACAUAUUUAGGCUCUCUGUAAAAACCUGAGAUGAAUCAUGUAGAUAAUCCCCUGCUUUUAUAUAAAACUUCAUGUGUGCUUAUACUUUUCAAACAGGGCUCAUUUCUUCAGGUUGUUGUCUUAAAAAGUUACAAGUGAAAGUGCCGUAGGUAAUUUAGCUGCUUAACUCAGGACCAUACCACUGCUUUAGCAUGCGCUGCUGUAUUUAUGACCUCUGACCUGCAACUUAGCACUAACUAAGAUGAAAUAAUUAAUGGUUGUUGGUGUCUUAGUGGGGGAAGCGUACAAUAAUAUUAGCGGCUAUAACCUUUAGCAUAAAGUUGCCGUCUGCUCUGGCCUUCAUCCACCACAAGGGGGAGCUACAGCGAAGGAUUACUAUUCUGGAAAAGUUGGCUAAUUAUUUUCCAGGUCUGGGUAAGUAUGGAAAAAGAAAAGAAGAUAUGAAAAAAUACUGGUAAUUUUUGCCUUCCAUUUUUUUCCAUCUUUUGCUCACUCUUUCUUUCAUCCACUUACGUAACUCCAGUAUUUCAGACUUUGUCAAUUAUUUUUGUUUGGUAGUUUGUUCAUUUAAUCCUUCCUUCACUUUUUCCUCCCUCCAGUCCUUAAGUAUUCUUUCUUUCUCUUAUCCUUCUUUUCUUUCUUAUGUCAUCCAUUUUUAUCCUUCAAUUUUCCCUUCUCUUAUCUCAAUUUCUUUCUUCCUUGUUUCCCUUCCUUUCUCUGUUCCUUCACUUUUUCCUUCUCUGUCCUUCCUUCUUUAGAUCGUCCUUUCUUUUGUCCUUCAAUUUGCCCUUUAUUCCUUCCUUUUUCUCUUUCUUUUAUUCUUCCUUCCUUAUUUCCUUCAAUAUUCAAAUUGAACUUUUAUGGACUAAAAGGACAGAGAGUUGAGGAAAUGUGGGUCUUCUGCUGGACUCCUUAUAUCCCAGAUAAACAAUGUUUAAAAUUCCUGAUAUUUAUGGCGCUGAUUGAUCGUUUACCCUGCGACAGCCUGGCGACCUGUCCAGGGUGUACCCCGCCUCUCGCCAGGAACGUAGCUGGAGAUAAACACCAGCAACCCAUGAGGGACAAGGGUGAACAGAAAAUGGAUGGAUGGAUGAUCGUUUACCCUUCAAAUAAAAGAUAAAACAUGGAGUUUAACAAACAAACUCCAUGCUCCCCUCUCAGGUUAAAGCCUUAAAGUGAUCAGAGACAGCAGCAUAGCAACAGUUUUAGUAUCUUUCUAUAUUUAAAAGCAGCAAAAACAGUGGUAUGGUCCUUUUAAGCCUGUACAGGAAAUUAUCUCGUUUGAAAGCCAUUGGACGCCUUCCGUCAGGUGAUAAAUAUCCUUUUUGUAUCGCUCUAGACCCAUACAGUAGAUAGUUCCUCAGAUAAAUGGAUAGAUAGCUGCUGCUCCUGAGUUUAGAUAGUGUUAGAUAUCCAACCUGCAGA